AUGGCAAAGGAGCCAGUGGAAGACACAGACCCUAGCACGUUGUCCUUUAGCCCGUCAGACAAAUAUCCCAUUCAAGAUACGGGACUCCCUAAAGCUGAAGAAUGCGAUCCCAUUACUUUGAACUGCCCAACAGAGUCUGACGUGCAACAUCAGGGAGAAGAAAACAGCUUUCCAGACAGUACUGGAGAUCCCCUUUCAGAUGUAAGCAAAGGCGAAUCCUGCAAGGAGAACUGUACUUGUCCCUCCUGCUCGCUCCGGGCCCCGACCAUAAGUGACUUACUCAAUGAUCAGGACUUACUUGACGUCAUCAGGAUAAAGCUGGAUCCGUGUCACCCAACAGUAAAAAACUGGAGGAAUUUUGCCAGCAAAUGGGGCAUGCCCUAUGAUGAACUGUGUUUCCUGGAGCAGAGGCCUCAGAGCCCCACCCUGGAGUUCUUGCUGCGGAACAGCCAGAGGCCAGUGGGUCAGUUGAUGGAGCUGUGCAGGCUGUACCACAGGGCCGACGUGGAGAAGGUCCUACACAGGUGGGUGGAUGAGGAGUGGCCCAAGAGGGGGCGUGGAGACCACCCCAGGAACUUCUAGACCCCUGCUUCUUCGCACUGGCCUCUUUGGACCUGGAGACAACCACAGGUUAAGGAGGAAUGGGGAUCUGAUCUUUUUUUCUUUUUUUUUUUUAAAGAGUUUAGGAUAAGGACAUGGAACUGUGGACAUGGGUUUUCCCCAAAGCUGGGGUUUGUUUUUUUUGUUGUUGUUUUUUGUUUUGUUUUGUUUUGUUUUGUUUUUGGAGGGUUAGGCUAUGUUUUGGUGGCGGAUUUUUGUUUGUUUAGUUUUGCACAUCGGUUUUAAUUUAAUAUCCGAAUCCAGAAUCAGGAAGGAUGCUUUGUAGACUCCUAUAGGGACUGGGGUCGAAGACUACAAUCGGAAUGGAUUCAUGCCAUGAUGAAAAUAAAAUUGCCCUUUCCCUUCAAUGCUGUGGAAGCCUGAAAUAAGAACGAGGAUUGUUGAUGGCCCCAUGCGAUCGUCCCCCGUGGGAUCCUUCAUGAUGGACAGCGUCCCCACAGCUUACAAGAAAACGGCACAGAGACGUUACCUAGUUUGUACCUUUUUCAGUCAUAAAGUACUUAGGUGAAGUGCAGGGUGUUGGUAUUAUGGACCAGACCUUCAGACCGUAUGUGCCAUCUUUUUUAUUGAUAUACUUUGGUAAUCUGCGCACUAUCAAAAAUGGCAUUCGUCCAAGUGUUUUUUCCAAGAAAUGCAAAAUUGGUGGUGGGAGGACAGAGUCCAGAAUCUGCAGGGGAAUAAGGACCUUGGGCGUGGUGUUUGACAAAGAGAGUACCAAAAAAUGCCCUUUGUCACCCAAGAUUUUUUUAAAAUUAACUUAAUAUUUACUUUUAUGUCUUUUAGAUAAAGCUGAAUGUUUCACCCCUGAGAUCAAGCUCAGUUAAAUAAAUAAAAAUCACCUGGCCCGUGGUUGAAGUCUAACCGCUCUUCUAACCGCUGUCCAGGGCCACUGACAAACACUACAUAGCAUUUAGCCAAGAACAAGGAAUCGGUAUCAAAAUCCACACUUAAAAGGAUUUUAAACCAAAUGAAAAAUUGGGUCCAAGCAAUAUCUGAUGUUCUUAUUUGAUGGUUUAAAGGGAGGGCAAGUGUGGAUGAGGGAAGGUUUUGUUCCUGGAGAGAUCCGAUUUUCUCGAUUUUUUACAGGGUAACAGAUACAAGGCUUGCUUGACAAUUCCAGAAAAGGCGCUAUUUGGUUUUGGCUGUGGGUUCAGAAAAUUAAGGCACUUGUGACAGUUUGGUGGGAUUCUGUAUACACCCUCGAUUCAAAUAAGCAAAAAUGAUGAAGAGCAUUGAUGCGAGUACAAAAAAAAAAAAGAUUAGGACUAGUGCAAAAGGAAAGUAUUUUCUCAACCACCAACAUAUUUUUCCAUGGAUAGUUUUAAUGGUUUUUAUUAGGUUGCUAAUAUAUACAGUCAGCUUCACUAUCAAAUGUAAACUCUAAGCUAGGAAAAGCUACGGAGAUUUCCUCGUCACUUCUCAUCCAGGGUUCUUUGCACCCAGCUCAUAUGCCCUUGUCUGAUCCAAUAAAUGUCAGGUUUGUCACAGGAUGUAUUUGAAGGAGCAGCAAGAAAUAAAAGGUGGAGAUUUUUAAAAAUAGGUUCUUCUGCAGUUGAUGUCCAAUGAGGGGUUGUUAAAUAUUUAUCAUCAGCCCUGACCUAGGCACCAUACAGAACUCAUUAAGGGGGCUCCAGUCUUGUAGGAAUUUGAUUUUAUGUUCCAUGUUCUUGUUAAGUU